AUGGAUGACUGGUAUAAAAGGUGAGCUUUUGGAGGGAGACAGUAAAUUGUCAUUCAGGACUUUGAAGAGACACACGUUCUAUCAAGGAAAUCGGCGUAAUUUCUUCCAGACGAUGGCUGACUUUGACCUGGUUCUGAAGUGCUGGGGCCCGGUGGAGGCCGACUACAAAACUUAUGGAGGAGAGGUGCUGUCACGCUUAUUCAAGGAACAUCCUGAUACCCUGCCGCUUUUUCCUAAAUUUGCUGGCAUUGCUGCGGGUGAUCUGGCCGGCAACGCAGCUGUCGCUGCCCACGGCGAGACCGUGCUGAAGAAGCUAGCCGAGCUGCUGAGGGCCAAAGGUAGCCAUGCCGACCUCCUCAAACCCAUGGCAACCACUCAUGCUCAGAAACACAAAAUUUCCCUGAAUAACUUCAAGCUGAUCACUGCGGUGAUAGCGAAGGUGAUGGGUGAAAAGGCUGGUUUGGACGCUGCUGGCCAAGAUGCCCUGGAAAGAGUCAUGGGAGUUGUCAUCAAUGACAUCGACGGCUACUACAAAGAGCUGGGCUUUGCUGGAUGAACUCCUGAAGCCAGACCACCCCAGUACCCAAAUGGCAGCUGUGUACUAUUUGGGGUUGAUACAUACAUACAAUUUAAUACAUAAUACAUUAUCAACAUGUACGUGAUAUUUGAAAUGCUGCUGGUAAUUAUCAUCACAAACAGUACUAACAACUCUAUGUCUAGGAGAUUUGGAGGCAGAAAAACAUACAACCAGAACAGCUGGUGUGACGUAUAUGCAUCACAUUUAACUUCAAAUAUAUUCUGCCCGUCAGAUCGGACACUACUCUUUGUAAUGUAAUGCUGGAGUAGGAAAAUGUGACUAAAUUAGUUGUGAUUACUUUUUCCAAAUAAACAUUUAAUCAACAACCAUGAA